AUGGCUCCACAACCGCAGUCCGUUCGGCCCAUGGUCGUGGAGUCUCAAUAUUUAAAUGUUCACAGAUGUGGCAUCACUUUAUCCCCAGUCAAGCGUGGCUCACGUGAUAUUAUCGAUACACUUAAGCACCAGUGUGAUUGCGCGCCCCGAUCUGUCUCAAUGGGUGAAUAUGUAAUAAGUCCACGCGUCUCAUCAGGCCAAGUGCAGGGAUUUUCCAAGGAGUCAAGCCAUUUGUUAGCUGAAUCCGAUCAUGUGAUUGAUUUACAUACCACAAAGACAAUAAAUACAGGACAGAAGGAGCAACCGCGAAGUUCACUCUGGGGUUCCACGUUCACGCUUACUAACACGAUUUUGGGUUCGGGUACACUUGCUGUGCCGUUUGCUAUGGCUUCUAGUGGCUGGUUACUCGGUAACGUCAUCAUGUUAAGUAUUGCGAUGGUUACACGCUACUCGGUGCAUCUGCUUUUGUCAGCAAGCGACCGAGCCGGCAAGAAUUGCGCCAAAACUUAUGAAAGUCUCGGGCACUAUACGAUGGGCGCGUUUGGUACUAGAUUGGCUGAAUUUACUUUUAUUUUUGGAGGAUUCGGGACGCUAGUAAGUUACUUGAUCUUCGUUACAGAUUUGUGUGCUGCUGUGCUAGCUGUAUCAAUGAAUGACAAGUGGAUUAUUACAGUCACGCUUGUGGCGAGUAUCGUAUUUCCACUCUCGCUGAGUCGUCGAAUUGGCAAACUGUGGCUUGCGUCUGUACUUGCUAUUUUAUCGAUUGGUUAUGUCGUGUCAUUCGUUCUUGUGGCAUUUGUUACUGUGUAUUAUACGAAUGAAGCGUCUAUUGCGUCGGAUGUGCAGGCCAUCCGUCUUGAAUCGGGUAGUGUCUAUACAGUCACGUUGCUUAUCUCUGCCUUUGCAUGUCACAAUACAGCGUUGCCGGUAUAUGAGGAAUUGAAAGAUCGCUCACUACCAAGGAUGAAUCGUGCUGUAAUUGGCGCUAUAAGCGUCUCAUAUGCGCUGUAUGAAGUCAUUUCGCUCUGCGGAUAUUUACUCUUUGGAUCCGAGACUCAAGACAAUAUUCUCCUUAAUUUUUCACCUUCAUAUGUGGCCCACCACAAGUCAAUCUCGGUUCCCAUUUUGAUUGGUCAAUUAUGUAUGGCUCUGGCGUUAAUUCUCACUACACCAAUUGCAAUGUGGCCUUUUCGUUCAUGUGUUUUGAGUGUUUAUUUACGUGUGAGAAAUGGUAAACAAACUCCCAGUCAUGAAGCAACGUACAAAGAGUACGUGAGUGUUACAGUGCUGAGCUUGAUUUUAAUAGUUACAUGCAGCAUCUUUGUGCCGUCUGUCAAGAUUCCUUUAAGUAUUGUGGGCUCUGUUUCAGGAUCACUAUUAAUUUUCAUCAUGCCGGCCUUGUUUUACCUACUGCAGUCGUCAGAUCCUAUACUUUCUCAUAAGCAUGCAGGCCCAUUGCUUAUGCUCUGUGCAGGUGUUGUCAUCGGGUUUUUUGGUCUGUCGUUGACACUUUUCAAGCUUUACCAUGAAUAUCAUUUUGGAUUUUUUGGGGUUAGACAAUAA